AUAUAUUUAUUAUUUAUUGAAAUAUGACUGCGCUAGUAUUGUUGUAAAGAAACAACGUUUCAUAAAUAUAUUAUUUUAAUAGUAAAAAUGAAUUAAUACAGUGUUGUGUUUUAUGUGAAUAACCUUUCGAAUAGUAAAUUAUACAUCGUAGAAAAUUAUUUAAUUUCGAUCAAAAUGCUGCAAGGAACGUGUGAUAAAUCUAACGAUGUGAAAAUGAAUUCCGCGAGUGGUUGGUCAGCUGUAAAAUUACUAGAAAAGCUGAAAUUUUGCAAUAGUGGUAUCAUAAAAAUCGGGACUCUGGAACGCGAGCGUUCGUCGACCAAGAAACAUGAGCUUUGCGAAACCGGUCACAAUUCCAUACCUUCCGGGUUUCUGUUGCUGGUUGUGUUGAUUGCCUUAAGUGGAAUAUUUACGAUAAUAAUGUGGUUUACGGAGUUUUACAUGUUUCAAAUCUUACAGUUCGUGACCAUAACGCAGGGUAGUGCUUCAUACAACAUGUGGCUAAACCCGUCCGUCAAGCCGUACGUGUCGAUUUAUCCAUUUAACUAUACCAACAUCAACCAGGUAUUGAAAUACGGCGAUACACCCAUAGUCCAAGAACUGGGUCCGUUCGUAUACAGGGAAACGGUUGAACGGAUUAACGUAGAGUUCAACGCCAACGGUACUGUCACGUACCAGGAGCGGAGGAGUAACGAGUUCGUACCCGAAAUGUCUCAGGGCGACCCGGAACGUUUAACCAUAACUGUACCGAACUUGCCGCUAAUCAGCGCUAUAUCGAAGAGCGCCGACACGUUUUACCUCACACAAAAGUUUAUGUCGCUGUUUUUGGACGGGUUUAAGGUAAAGCCGUUCCUACACCUAAAGAUUAACGACUAUUUUUGGGGUUACGAGGACAGUUUAUACACUCUGGCUCAAGGUCUAGCGUCGACGGUGCACAGAGAUGCUCGGCUGUCAAGAUUCGGAAUAAUUACCGGACGGCGCGGCAUGUCGCCCGACCGCAUCACGAUCCACAGUGGUGUCGGAAAUCUAAACAAGCUUGGCGUCAUUACUCGCUACAACGGGCUGGAUACACUGAACGUGUGGAAGACGGACGAGUGCAACAGGUUGGAUGGAAGUGACGGGUCUCAGUUUCCGCCGACCACGUUGAGUCGCAAGUCGAAACUGUUUGUUUUCCACAUGGAUCUGUGCCGUCGGUUCCCACUCGUUUACAAGGAAGACAUCGAAACGGUUCCCGGGGUGACGGCAUUCCGUUUUCAAGCACCCAGAAACGUGUUCGAUACACCCAACACAAAUCCAGAUAACGACUGUUAUUAUACUUCAGAAACGUUUCCGCCAUCGGGAGUAUUCAAUUCAUCUCCGUGCAAUGGCGCCCCAGUAAUAAUGUCGUUUCCGCAUUUCUAUUUAGGCGACCCUGAGCUAAGAAGAGACAUUCAUGGACUGUCCCCUGAUCCUGAACUGCAUGAGACCUUUUUAGAUGUUCAUUCUAAGUUGGGAGUAUCCCUGGGAGGCCGAUCCAGGUUUCAAGUGAAUAUCAUGUUAAAGAAAGCUGAUGGAAUAUCGCAUUUCAAAAAUUUCAAACAGGGAAUUAUACUGCCAGUAGCAUGGAUAGAAGUAAAAGUCGACAAACUACCUGAUGACAUAAAGAGAACUUUACAACAGACUUCUAUUAGUAUUAAUCUCGGUGAAAUAUUAUUGAAAUGGACAUCAUUAUUGACACUUACAUUAUCUAUGGUUUUUUUGGUCAGGAAAAUCAUAUUAAAAGAUUGUUUUAUGUGUAAUGAGAAACAAGUUUUACCUAUGAAUAAAUAAUUGAUCUGUACUAAAUAAAAUGUGUAUUAUCUAUUAUAAUUUGUAUGUUAUUUA